CACAGACUCCAGUUCUCUGUUGGUGAGGUAAUUUACAAUGAAGGGACGAUGGCUGCUUGCAUCAGAAUAAUAUGGAUGAGAAUGACCACCUUGACAGCAGCUAUUCAUGAUGGUUCUGCUUUCCUGAACGCUUUCUUUGCCAAAACACACUAAUCUCCCUGUUUCGUCCCAUCUGUAAAGGCCAAGUGUUGUAUUUGCCUCAGUCUGCUAGCCCCGUGCUAUGAUUCUAUCCACAUCAACUCUCUUUAAUUGACCUGACCGAUAUCACUCAUAACAUGGCCAUCACACAGUUUCGCCUUUUUAAAAUAUGCACCUGCUUGGCAUCUAUUCUCUCAUUCUUGAAAAGACUGAUUUGUAGGACUGGAAGGUCACGCAAGCUGAGUGGGGAUCAGAUCACCCUCCCGACCACAGUUGAUUAUUCCUCUGCAUCAAAACAGCCAGAGAUUGAGGAGUGGAGCUCAUGGGACGAGGAAGCUCCAACAAGUAUUAAAAUUGAAGGUGGCAACGGGAUAGUUCCACCUCCACAGAAUGAAGCUGAAGGAGAAGAGCCAGACUACUUCAAAGACAUGGCUCCCACCAUCAGGAAAACACAAAAAAUUGUCUUGAAGAAAAGGGAACCUCUGAAUUUCUCUAUGCCAGACAGCUCCUCAGGUUUCUCCAGCCGACUAGCCGCCACUCAGGACAUGUCCUUCAUCCAGCCCUCUGCGGAGCUGGGGGACCUGGACACCUGGCAGGAGGACACCAAUGCCUGGGAGGAUGAGGCAGAAGCAGCCUGGGAGACAGAGGAAGUGCUGAGGCAGCAGAAGCUGGCUGAGAGAGAGAGACGUGCAAUGGAGCAACAGCGGAAGAAAAUGGAGAAAGAGGCACAGAGAAUGAUGAAAAAAGAGCAGAAGAUUGCCGUCAAGCUUUCAUAACAUUAAUACAGCGCACCGGACACUCAAAGCAACAGCCAAACAACUGCUCAUAUUACAUUUUACCUGGUUUUGUCCUGCCCGCCACACUGCUGUCCUCACCUCUUUGGGAUAUUUUUUUUUUAGUCCAUCAGCCAUCUUGGGGAAUUUUUGUUUGUUUGUUUGUUUAUUUCUUCAGGGUUUCUUUUUGUAUUGGACUGAACACAGCACAAAGAAUCGUCCCUUUUGUUUAUUUUUGAGUUAUUGUGACUGUUCUUACCGUGCACUCGAUUGAAAGACAAAACUAAAUGUUUUUGUCUUUCAGUAUUUAUAACACUUGAAUGAUUUUGUCAAGAAAAAUUUUAGAUAAGGAAUUCCGUUCAUUUUUGGUUUUGCUUUUUUGCCUUUUUCUUCAUCAAAAGUCUUGUGUCUGUGUUUUAAACACAGAAAUGGGUGAUAUCUCAAUAUUUCAAAAGAAUCAAAUUUAUGCAACCUUGGGUUUUUGCUCUCCACAUUCUAUUUAGCCGUCUAUCUAAUCUGUUGCCAUUCUGUUUACCUGGUAAUCAUGGGCUUAAUUGUGAAUAAUCCUUAUAUUUUGAUCUUGAUUUUUCUAAAGACAACAAUUUGAGUCAUCUGUGUAAUUGUCAGUGGGAAUGGAGAGCAGAGAUAUUCAGUAUGUACUGAGGCUCGAAGAGAGCGCUUUUAAGAGAUGUGGGUUGGUCGUCAUGGAAACGCUGACAUUUUUAAAAUAUCCAAAUUGGCAACCAAACCAUCUUUUAUCUUUAGUAAGACUGUGAAGAGCAUUCACUGUUUAUUUGAAAGCAAUUUCACCAGGGGAACCUCUUGUCUUUAGCUAUUAUAGAAUUUCUUAUCUCUUGAAAAUGUCUAAAUUGAUCAUGUUUAUUGAUAGAAUGAGGAGGAUGAUGGUGAUGCUGAAAUUAACUUCUGCAUGCUAUGAUGAUUAUUAAGGAACAUGAAGCCAUGAGAGCCACAGGUACAUAUGACAAUGAAAAACUGAAUAAAAUCACACCUUUUGCUAUGAUUUAUGUUUCCCAUUCAUGCAUGCUCAUGCCUUUUUAAGUUGUUUUACAUUUUUUCACAGUGCAGCCUUAGCUGUAAUAAACAUUUCGGUUAUCUGUUCAA